GUUGUAUUUCUCUAUGAGGCGGGUUCCCUCCUCAUUGUAGCCAAUAAAGAUGGGUUUUGGUGUUCACUGGGUUUGUUCAUUUCUUUUCUUUGCAAAUAAUGUCAGUGGAUGGCAAAGAAUUGGAUGUGAUGUGUGACUCAGUUAAGCAGUCACGAGAUCAGUACAUGCAGAAUUUUUUUGAAUCGUUUAGUUCCACUGAUCCAUCGCGAUAUUUCUCUUUAUCAGAGGAUGGUCUAGACUUGAAGUUUGUAUGGUCUAAAGAAAUCAAGAAUGGCAUCAAAAUUGUUCUCGGGUCUUUUCGUAUGCAACGUGCACAAGAUAAUUUGAAGUUUCUUCAGGAACUUACAUUUAAAUUCGUCGCCGGUUGUACUGGUUUAUUAACGUGUUUGCAAGAUACGAAGAAGGAAAAUGAAAUCCUUAGGUCGUUAGCAGAAGUUUCGACAAAGGUAAUAUUUGAGAUUGAAAUAUUUUCAGAGGUACAAAGAAUUGAUGUCAGAAAUGGAGGAUAAAGAAACAGUCCUGCUUUCAAAAUUCUCAGCCGUUUUGAAUGAAAAAAAGAAAACGAUAGAUAGCCUUAAGAGAUAUCCACAAUGUAUGUCUCAUGACAAUGGAAACGCACUAGGCACACCGCUGAUGCACUCUACUGCGGUGCUCGAGCAGGAUGCAGAUGACUUGAUACCCCCGAAAAGUCGUAAACUCUCGAGCAGUAUGGUUGUUAGAAGUUUCCGUAAAUGAAUGUCGGG